AUACUUUUACUUAAGUAACAUUUCCAAUGCAGAACUUUUACUUGCAACGGAGUGUUUAUUUACAGUGUGGUUUUAGUACUUUCACUUAAAGUAAAAGAUCUGAAUACUUCUUCCACCACUGGCAGGCUGCAGGUCAAGUUCAGAUCACAGAGUUCACUCAGUGUUCAGAUAUAAAGAUGGGACAUUUAACAGCGCUCUGAGCUACAAUGGAGAGCCCACAGAAAGCUACAGUAAGGAGGACUUCCAAUGGGCUACUGUAGCGUAACCAAAGACUGUGAACGCAACACGUAGACAUGUAGUGCGCCCGUACAUUUACACUAUAAACCUGUGACUGUGCUGUGCUUCAGAGCAGACCUACACCAUGAUAACCUGUUGUGUAUGCUGCCUGUGUAUGCCCUACCCCCAGCUGGCUGUAUGUUCCACACACACUGUGGGGGAGAUUAAGGAAGUACGGUACACUAUCUCUGCUGCCCUGCGCGUAACCCUGGCACAGCGAAGACGCAGUCUAUAUAAGUCGAGAACUUUUUCAUAUUUCCUCCUUAGAUCUACAGUAUUUUUCUACCUGCAGGUUUUGUUGGACUUUAUCUACACCCCGACAAUCACUUCAGACAAAGAUCGUUUUACAGUCGGAUGAGUACCGAGUUACGUUCUGUGUGCAAACAGCUGGAUAUAGUCCCGCAGGCUACGUGGAGAAAACACACAACAACAGCGAUAGAAUUAAAAGAUCAUGGACCCGUGGAAAAAGCAGACUGCAGGGCCAUCCACACCAACAGUGUUUGCUGAUGGUGGCAGUGUGGUUACCAACAGAAAAGUCACACAUGCAAAAGGAGAAAGCCUCAACAUGGGGAUCGAAAUAGAGUGUCAUCCAGGAAGCGGUCUGACUGGUAAUGCUGUUGGAAAAGUUUCCCAAGCAGAUUACAACGCAACUGGUGGCAGUGUGAUUUGUAAUGAUGUAGUAUCUCAUGCCACUUUUAAAGGUGAUAUCAGUUUACAAGUGAACAUAAAACAAUCACAAGUACCUGCAGGGAGAGUAGACGAGACACCGCCAUCCUCUCGGGGCCCUGAUGUGAAAAUAAUCAAAAAUCACAAGGUGGAACUUGAGGAGUGCCUGAGGGCGGAUCACUCCUUCAUUCUGCAGCAUGUUCACGCCAAACAUAUUGUCACAGACAGACAAUAUCAGAGAUUGAAGAAUAUCUCACAGCCAGAAGAAUGUGUUAUUGAGCUGAUCGAUCAAGUGAUUGCUAGAGGUCAAGAAUCCUGCUCUCUUUUUCUUGAAGUUCUCAAAGAGCCUGACAUUCUCCAGACCUAUCCACAGCUCAAACUAUUUACAGAGAAAUGGUGCUAGUUUGAAAGAAAUAAGAACUCAGGUCUCUGGAGGAGUGGAAGGGUGGUGAAUAGACGGAUGGGAACGGGUUAUGGUUAGAAUCAUAGGAGGUUUACAUGGAGGUUGGAAAAUUGUUUAUAAUGAACUGUGAUCAAAAUAUUAGUUGAAAGUUUUGGCCCGGGCAUAGCACACCAAUCAGGCUGUUCUUUUUUUUAAGAUUAUUUUUUGGGCAUUUUUAGGCCUUUAUUGACAGGACAGCUGAAGACAUGAAAGGGGAGAGAGAGGGGGA